UACACUGUUGUCUGCUACUUCCGUUUCUCUGAAAUACUCUUCAACAUGGAACCAAACACUGGGGCGAAGGCUCGUAAUGUCACGGGCGAUGACAGAGACUUUCAGUCUUCAGAACUGGGAACAAAACAAUUCUGGGACGAUGUCUACGUUCGGGACUUGGACAACUAUAAAGAAUCUGCAGAUGUUGGUGAUAUAUGGUUCGGUGAGCAGAGUCAGAUGCGGGUAGUCCGAUGGCUUGAGAACUGCGAAGAUGUAGACAUGCAGGACGCCAUCUUGGACUUGGGAUGUGGCAACGGCAUGAUGCUGGUUGAGCUGCAUGAGGAGGGGUACAGGGACCUGACUGGAGUUGACUACUCCGGGGCUGCAGUGCAGCUAGCUCGCAACAUCGCAGACAAGGAAGGAAUGACCGACAUCAAGUAUGAAACGGCUGACCUGAUCCGUGAUGUGAGAGAGGGGGCACUGACAUGUCGGUGUGGUCACUACAAGGUGUGUGUGGACAAGGGGACGUAUGAUGCCAUCAGCCUCAUGCCAGACGACGCAGUUACCGCGCGGCAGACGUACCGCACCAACAUCAAGCAUCUCCUCCGAGCAGACGGUUUGUUUGUGAUCACGUCAUGUAACUGGACUCGUGAACAAUUGGAGGAAUUUUUCUCCACAGAUUUCUCUCUGCAUUCUGUGAUACCCACACCAACGUUCCAGUUCGGAGGGAAAACGGGAAACUCGGUCACUUCACUCGUCUUCAAACCUAAGUCAUGAUGUACAAUGUCAAAUGUAUUUGUAUUAAAGCAGUCUAUUUCAA